AUGCCGAGACGGCAUCCAUCGCCGGCUCAGCGCCGGGAACCCAUCCCCGCCGGGCACGGCAGCCCUCGCACAGCCGCAGGAGCCUUUAUAAGCCACCAGCCGAACAAAGGAUCGCGGACAAAGAGCCUUGUCCCACGUCUUCCCCUCCACCAGGUAGAUUAUUUACCAUGGAAAACCAAACCAACCAAAGCCAAGCCCCGCCGUUCCUCCCUUGCUUCCUCGGACCUCGGACGGAUGUCCCCGGCGCACCCGGGGCAGAGGCUUUGUUCACCAGCGGGGACGCGGCAGAACCGGGGGGAGCACCCGGACAAAGAGGGAGAAGCGUCUGGCGACGAAAGGGACAGGGAGGGAGCCCCGUCUCUUUCAGCUGCGGGGUCCCUGCCGAGCCGGGCGGCAAGGGGGGACCCCACCGCCCCCACCCGUCAGACGUGCGAAGGGACCGGAGGCGGGGGAGUGGAUGGGGGUGGUGGUGGCACAAACUCCCUUAAAAGUAGCCCAAAAAACGGGCACGGUUGCGAGCAGCUCAGCCGGCUUCAGCCCAGGCUCUGCGUGCCCGAAAGGGACCCCUUCCCAUCCCCGCGGGGCCCCGCCGCCCCUGUCCAUCCUCGCGGCCCGGGAGGGCUUCCCUCACCCCGCGGGACGGCGCUUCCCCCGCACUCACCGCCGCCUCCCGCCGCCGCUGCCCGCGCAUCCCGGUCCCCGCCGCCCGCCCGGCUGCAGGAGCGCCGCCGCCCCCGGGAGCCGCCCCCCGCCGCAGCGCCCGCCCCCCGGCGGGGCCGGGGCACCCCCGCGGGCGGAAUGGUUCGCUCCCCUCAGGCCGGGGUCGCGGGAGCGGGGCGGGCAAAGGGCAGCCGGGACGGGGGGAGGAGGGACGGAGCAGGGGGUGGGCGGGCGAGAACGGGAAACGGGCACGGGGAUAUCCCCGGAGGGGCCGCCGUGGAGCUCUUCACGAUCCAUAAAUAUGAGUCGCCAAGCAAUUUCCUGCCCGCGAGAUUAGCUCGGCAAACAGGGCGGCGCUGGCAGGGCGCGGGCCCCGUUUGCCGUGCCUGGGGCUGGGGUGCGCUUUACCUGCGCCCGCCUUCCAUCUCAUCUUCCUCCUCCUCCUCAUCGCCGGGGAAGCCGCGUGUCGGAGGGGGCUGCCCUCCGCCCUCCCGGUCCCGGAGCGGAGCUGGGUUUCCUCCUUUCCCUGGUUGGGGCGCCCCUGCCACUCACCCAGCCCAGGGUCACACCCUGCUGCUGCCUCUGCCUGAGGUGUCCCGAAAUUGA